AUGAGCUGGCCUUCGGAAGGCGAAAGCGCGCCACCGAAGAGAAAGGUUGGCAGGCCUCGCAAGAGCAAGGCAGCGGGUUCCCAAACGUUGCGGAAGCGGUCGACAUCAGGUGAAGAAGACGGAGAGGCUCGUCCAGCGAAGCACUUCAAGCGCUCUUCCUCCUUGCAAGCCACGCGUAGCUCAUCUGGUGGAGCCUUCGCAACCUCACGGGACCCGUUUGGUGAUCCAUCCCGUCGAGCAGCAGGGCCGUUCGACAUCCAUUCACAAGAUGCCAUCAAAACUAAUGAGAUGCACAUGAGUACGGAACCCGAUGCGUCGUCUUCUACGGUAGAGGGUGAUGCAAAAGCUUCGGAAACUCGUACUUUCCCAAACAGCAUACUUUACCACUACCACGAUCAGGGAAACAACCUCGCCGACAUGGUCAGCAGAUGCACUCACGGAUCAUGUGGAUGA